GUUCCAGAUGGUGCCGGCUACUUUUUGAUUAUGUUCCAGUUUUGUUAUAAAUAAAUAAUAAUAAUUUAUAAUUUGCAUACGAUGUCUGUUACAUUACAUACUGACGUUGGCGAUAUAAAACUCGAAUUGUUUUGUGAGGAUUGUCCGAAGGCUUGUGAGAACUUCUUGGCACUAUGCGCCAGUGAUUAUUAUAAUGGUUGUGCAUUUAUUAGAAACAUCAAAGGCUUCAUCGUUCAAACUGGAGAUCCCACAAAUACUGGCAAAAAUGGACAGUCUAUUUGGGGUGAAAAAUUUGAAGACGAAUUUAAAGAAUCAUUGAAGCACUCAGAUCGAGGUAUGGUGUCGAUGGCAAAUAAUGGUCCAAAUGCAAACGCAAGUCAAUUUUUUAUAACUUAUGCGGCUCAACCAAAUUUAGAUCUCAAAUACACAUUAUUUGGCAGAGUAAUUGAUGGUUUUGAUGCAUUAGAUGAAUUGGAAAAACUUCCUGUGAAUCCUAAAAACUAUCGUCCACACAUUGAAAAAAAGAUUAAUGGAGUUACUAUACAUGCAAAUCCAAUCGCUGCGUGAACAAUAUAAUUCCCAAGUAAAACCCAAACCGACAUUUUAUAACUUAAUUAAUGAAGGCAAAUUAUCCUUAUUUAUAAUAAGUCAUGUUAAUAUUAAAUCAUUUAAAAUCUGUAAAACAAAACUAUUUGUUUUUUGCACUCCAACACGUGGCAAACACCAUAAGGUACAAACUAAGAAUAUAUGAGUUCAACUAUGUAUGUAAACUUUUAUAAUUCCACAUUAUUUUAUUUAUAAAUUUUAUGAGUUUUAUGUGCACAAUGAAUUCUUGUUGUAUUAAAAGUUUGCUCAUCAGUUAUAAUAAAA